AACCGCAACCGGAUGUAACUCCUACUGAGGGACUGGGGACCUGGCGCCGUGGACGAACCGGAAGCGCAGUCCGCCAUCUUGGCGCCGGAAGAACGCAAUGAAACGAAAGAAACUGGAAGCGUAAUAUCGGCGUGCUCCAUGGCCAGUGUGAUAUCCGGCCUGGUUCUUCUGGUGUGUUUUUGUUCCGGUCGUGUGAAACCGGAUACGGAAGUGACAGUAAUUAUAAUGAUACGAGAGCAGUGCUACCAGCCUGACGUUAACAUGACGAGAUUGAAGGAGCUUGCCGAUGUGGAGGUGAAGGAAAUAAACGCUUCCUGGGUCGUCCAUUUUGUGCCUCAGAAAGAAGUGUGUGACUCCCGGGCUGCAGGACUGACGGCCAUCCUGGAGGCAGCAGUGGCGACUCCUCCCAGGGCCAUCCUCGGGUCCGUGGACCCCGGGCUCUGCCCCCUGCUGGAGGCGGUAGCCGCCCUACGCCACACCCCGGUCGUCACCUGGUCCUGUCCCCAGGUGGUUCACCCGACGGAAGACAACCCCCUCGUACGUCUGUCUCCUCCGGCGGAAGUGAUGGUGGCAGCUGUACCUGAAAUAUUUAAACACUUCCGGUGGAAACACACCUCCAUCGUCACCUCAGAGCGUGGUUGGUGGCCAAGUGUGGCUCUACAGCUGGAGUCUGCCCUGAGGACGGGCGGAGUAACAGUUCGACAAAACGUCGUUCUGAACCCGACCAAGCUGGACACGAUUGUCGCGUCACUACCUCACACCAAAGCGUUGGUACUAUGUGUGCCAGAAGACGGGACUGUGACAUCAGAGCUGCUGGUAGCCCUGGAGCAGGCCAAGAAGGCAGCUCUGCCAUCUUCUGUUCUGUUGCUGCUGAGUUUUCAGCCACUGACGUCAUGGACAGCUCUGCUUCAGCUGCUGAGUCCAGCCGCGAGACAAGCGACACUGCUGCUUCAUGUGGCAGAAUCAAACAUUACAGGAGAGGAUAAGGUGUGGCCCCAGCUUCAGCAGUUGCUAACAGUGCUGAGAACCAACAGAUCGUCUCAGCAGACAGUGCUAACCCUGAGUGACUGGGUCAGCACGAUAGAUAACACCACAGGUCGAUGGAGACCUCUUAUCAACCUCUAUCAGCUGCCUGAUCGAGGGUUGAGGGUGGUUCCACUAGAGGAACGGACCAGGGAGUGGGCGAGACUCAAGUACCUGGCAACCUCAACAUCCUCCACCGAAGCUCUAGAAGAUGUCUUCUGCGAGGAGGAUGUUUGUGAUGAGGGCUUGGUGUUCAAUGGAGUCCAGAUGCUAGGAGCUCUGGCUGGGUCAUUUGUAUCCGUAGCAGUCAUCCUUCUAGCUGCAGUCAUGGCUAGGAAGCAGUACAACAAGCGCCAGAUGACUAAGGGUCCGUGCAAGAUCCUCCUCACAUCAGCUGACUUCACAUUCCCCCAAGCACCAGAGUCUCGAAGAGUGGAUGAAGGCAUUGAGACUAUGCUGUGCUGUUGGCUGCAGCAGCUACAGGAGUUUGGAGGUCCUGAGGUAGACAAACCAGACUUGCUCAAGGGUUCAGUUGCUUCUCUCAAGAGUUCCACAAACAGUCGUCCUCUCGUUGUAGACCCUCGGGCUAGGUAUAAUGGUGACCUUGUACAGUUGAAGCCUUUACCACCUCAAGGGAGUGCCUACGAGCUUAAAUCAAAAGCCCUGGACGUUCUUGUCAUGGUGCACGGGUUGCGUCAUGAGAACGUGAACCCUCUUCUAGGUUGUCUGGUAGACCCUAGCAGACCCACCCUGGUCUGGGAGUGGUGUAGCAGAGGCUCUCUGGAGGAUGUCUUGAUGCAAGACGAAAUCAAACUAGACUGGAGCUUCAGAUUGUCUUUACUUACUGAUCUCGUUAGAGGGAUGCGAUACCUUCACUCAGUGCCUCACAGGGUUCAUGGUGCCCUGACCUCUCGUAACUGUGUCAUUGACGCCCGCUGGGUGCUCAAGGUCACUGACUACUGUCUCAACUCGUUCUACGAAGCCCAGAACAUAGACCAUCCUGCCAAAACUGCUAGAGAUCUACUGUGGACAGCUCCGGAGCUCCUCAGGUCUGAGACCCUGCGGAGGAGAGGUUCACAACCUGGAGAUGUCUAUAGCUUCGCCAUCAUCAUGCAAGAAGUGGUGGUCAGGGGGGAACCCUUCUGCAUGCUAUCUCUCUCUCCUGAAGAGAUCUUGGAGAAGGUGAAGAGACCGCCUCCUCUGAUUCGACCGUCCGUCAGCAAAGGGGCAGCACCACCAGAGGCCAUUAACAUCAUGCGCCAGUGCUGGGCGGAGCAGCCCGACAUGCGGCCCGACUUCAAUGCCGUCCACGACCUGUUCAAAACGCUUAAUCAUGGCAGGAAGGUAAACUUUGUAGAUACAAUGUUCCAAAUGCUGGAGAAGUACUCUAACAACUUGGAAGAUCUUAUUCGAGAACGGACUGAACAACUAGACAUGGAGAAGAAAAAGACUGAACAGCUUCUGAACAGGAUGUUACCAAGUUCUGUUGCGGAGAAGUUAAAGCUAGGACAGCCGGUGGACCCAGAGGACUUUAGUGAGGUAACCAUCUACUUCUCUGACAUUGUGGGUUUCACCACCAUUUCUGCCUACUCUACUCCCUUUGAGGUGGUGGAUCUUCUAAAUGAUCUCUACACAUGCUUUGAUGCUACAAUCAACGCCUACAAUGUCUACAAGGUAGAAACAAUAGGAGAUGCAUACAUGGUGGUAGGGGGACUGCCAGUGCGUAUGUCAGACCAUGCCAACCAGAUAGCUACCAUGGCCCUGGAUCUGCUACAUCAGAGUGGCAAGUUCAAGAUCAGACACUUGCCCUACACUCCGCUGAGGCUACGAAUUGGUCUUCACACAGGCCCGUGUUGUGCUGGAGUGGUUGGUCUUACAAUGCCCAGGUACUGUCUCUUUGGGGACACUGUUAACACUGCUUCCAGGAUGGAGUCUUCUGGCGCGGCAUGGAGGAUACACAUAUCAGAAGCUACAAAGAAGAAGCUGGAAGAGCUGGGAGAGUUCCAGCUGGAGUAUCGGGGAGAGACGGAUAUCAAGGGCAAAGGGAAGAUGCCCACAUACUGGCUGUUGGGCAAGGCUGGGUUCGACAAGGAGUUGCCAUCUCCUCCACCCCUCGGAGAGAGCCAUGGCCUGGACGAGAGUUUGAUCCAGUUUGGCCGCACGGGUAUCCCCAGCACUGUGAGUGACGAGGCAGUGAGUGUGAGCCAGGGGGGUGGAGUCCCAAGGAUCUGCUCGGAGGACAGUGGCUCUGUGGAUCUCUCCCUGGAGGUGCCUGUGGUCCACCACACACGGGUACGAGGACCUGGUCUCAUCACCCAGAUGUCUCUGGAUCCUCAGCUGUUGGACGACAAGCCUGACAGAAAGCGAUGGAAGAGACAGAUGACGUUUGACCAAGGCAACAUCACCUUACAUGAUGUCAAAUCUCCAGAACCUCCCGUCAAGAAGAGUCUCUCAACAGACCAGAGGAUGUCGUCUGCUGCCCAAUCUGGCAUCUCCACACCCUUCUCUACAUCUGAGGCCAAUGUUGACCUGCUGGGUGUGUCUUUCAUCAACACUUCCAAGAGCACGACUAACUUGAACUCCCUUGGCAGAAGGUACGUUUUAUCGGAAGAGCCAGACUUGAGUAGCGCUUACAACCAUUACCGUUGUCUUUCACCGAGCGAUGGUCAAGUUAAGCCGCGAAACUCAAGGUUUCUCAAACGGCAGUUCAGCGUGGACCGGGAGGACUCGGAGGUGAAGAGCACUCCUCGACUGUUCAAGCAGAACUCCGCAGGGGCUGCGCAUGAUCUGGAGAGGAUAGAGGAGAUUCCGCUACGACCCCCGGGCGGUCGCAACGGUUGCUACAAACACCGCUGUGAACUACCUGCGCUGUCGGUGUCGGUAGAAUCUCUCAACUAA